AAAGCAGAAGGAAACAGCAUAAAAGCAGGACUGAAGGAGUUGGAGAUUUGUUCAAUCCUCUUCUUGGGGAGAACUGAGGCCUCCAGCCGUUGUCUAUGCUGAAGAAAUGGCACAGUGGGACACGAACAUCAGCUCUACUCAUUCUGGGUCCUGUAGGGGAGUGACGAGUAAUAUACAUAGGACUGGGACCCAUGUUUUUUUAUUGUCCCAAUCCAGGACUCAAUCCCGUAUAUCAUAUUUCAUCAGAUAUGGUAAAAGAGAGGAGACAAGAAUUUAUGCUUUUGUAGCAAAGGUUUGAAAUGCCAGAUGAUCGGUAGAGAGUUCUGAAAGAUGGUGAAGGUUACACUAUGGACCUCCAUCUUGGGAAAGAGAAGAAGUGGAAGCACCUGUUGGGGGCUAUCACUGGAAUUAUUUUCAGACACCUGCAUCUUAGAAAAGAACAUGCUUUUGAUGUGUAAAUUGGAUUGGAGGGGAUAUAUAGCUGGCUGGGAUGGAAAGCUAUUUCAGUGGUCCAGGACUAGUCUAAAAAUCUUUACUGAGUAGCUACUAUGUUCCUGCACUGUGCCAACACUUUGCUUGCAUUAACUUACUGAUUUCCUAUGGAAACUCUUUGAGAAAAGAAUUAUUACUAUUAUUUCAUUUUACAGAUGAGAAAACUGAGGAUGAGAGUGAUUUAGCAACAUGCCCAAGGGCACAUGGUUAGUAAAUGAUGGGGAUGGGAUUUGAGUUUGUGUGACUCCAGAAUCUAUGCUCUUAAUGAUGGCCUUUACUUAACUCAGUUAAUAGUGUACAGUCAGGUAGAGGUUCCCCACAGGAGUGUUGGGUCUGGAGCCCAGGGAGGACACUGACUCAGAAGAAAGUAUAGGGUCAUCUGUAUAGGAAAAAGUGGUUGAAAGGAAAACAUGAGAAAUCUUCACCCUAGGUCUGCAAAUAAAUGUUAGGAUCUAAUGUAGGCAGCCAGAGAGAAGGGGCAACUGAUUAGAUCAAGGAAGAGGUGCCAGGCAGGAAGAACUGUGCAUGAGGCAGGGGACAAAGAGUCUCCUCUGUUGGAUGUUUCAUAUAUUGUGACUGAAUUUCAUGAAGGGUCAGAGUGUGACCUAAACAUUGUAUUUUCUUUAAAUAGUGGGAAAAAUCAGCAGAUUUCCCUCACUGCUUUUAGUUCAUUCUCUGAAGUGUCUUUUGCUUCUCUUCCUUUUUUUCUAAGUAAGACUUAAAAUUAGGAAGUUUCUGAGCAGUGAAAAGGAAGCAGAUGACAGAAAAACACAAACGAAUUUUAAACAAAAGAAGUGAGAUGACUCUAGUUUCUGUUACAAAUACCUCGAUUCCAACUGGGACCUGAAUUUGCUGGGGACAGCAGCCACGGAGAUAGGACCAUGUGGCUGUCCCCAGUGCUGCUCCUUCUCCACCUCCCAGGUUGUCAGUCUCUGAUGGGUCCCGGCACUGUGAACGGCAUCACAGGGGGCCCUGUGAGCAUGUAGUGUCUGUAUGAGAAGGUAUACAAGGAGUAUAACAAAUACUGGUGCCAAGGACAGUAUGACACAACAUGUGACAUAAUUAUGGAGACCAAAGGAGAAGAGAAAGAAGAGAGGAAUGGCUAUGCGACCAUCAGAGACCAUGCUGAUAACCUCGCCCUCUUGGUGACCAUGGAGAACCUCAAUGCAGAUGACAAGGUUUACUGGUGCAGAAUUCAGACAGUGUGGAUCCUGGAUGUGUUGUCACAUGGCCCCUUGGUCCAGGCUAAGGUGUCCGUUUCUCCUGGUAAGAGCUCCCCACACUCCAGCAGUAGAAUUAUAGGAUGUAACUGGAUAGGGGUGGAGUGGAGGGGAGCUAUACUUAACAUGUGUCUCUGGGUCUUGUCCUCAGUCUUUGUGGAGCUGGGAUGUGGGCAGAGAGGGAGGUGGCUGAUCCUUCAGCUUUGUGAUGGGGGGAGCAUAGCUUAUGAGCACCCCCGCUCUUAUAGGACCUGGGUCUCACCCUCUUGCCUGUGGAGGCCCCUCCAGGAUGAGCCAAAGUUCUUUCCACUGUACUCCUCAGAAGAACUGUCCCAAAGGAAACAAACUCCCAUACAUCUUCAGCUUCCUCACAGAACAUUCCCUCUACCAUGUUGUCCUGAAAUUGGCCUCCCUAGUCAGAGUGCAGGGAGACGUGAGGAGAGGAGGUUUCUGGGGCUUCCUUCGAGGAGGCAGCUCCCUGCUUGUCACCUUGUCCCCCACAGGUUCCUGCUUAGCAGUGCCUACUUCCUGCUCCUGGUCUUCCUGAAGGUGCCCCUGUUCCUGAGCGUGCUCAGUGCUGUCCUCUGGGUAAACAGACCUCAGAGAGGUUCUGGGGGGAAAUAGAGUCAGCCCGACCAGGAGGACCCGCAGGGCACCGUCCCCAGGAAUGCCCUGAACAGGGAUACAGCCCUUCAGAUCAGAUAAGAGAGACCUUUGGACUCCAGGCCCCAGGGCAGGAGGAGCAGUGGCUGGACUUUGGGGGCACCUUGGGUCUUGUGGGGGUUUUGUUCCUGUGCCUUGCAGGGGUGUGGGGGUGGGGACUGAAUCCAAGAGGACACUUGCUUUGAGUCCUCAAAGUGGGGGAGGGAAUGAGGUUCUCCUGGGUUCAGUCCCCUUGCUUGGGUCCUCCUUUCUCCUCCCUAGCCCCUCCAGCCCUCUGAAAGUAUGAAGCAGUGGUAGCAGUCUCAUAUGGUCACAUGUGCCAGACAGGUAACACAAAGGGGUCAAAAAGCUAGGUACAAUACAGUAGGGUGCGGUGGGGUCUGUGGUCACCUGGGGCAUGCAUGUCCCCUCUAAGGGGCAGCAAUCAGCCAGCUGUCACCAUGUGGCAUUGUGGGGCCACUGUUUGCAGCAGUGCUAUCUUUCAAAGAGAACCCAGAAGUGAAAUUUCCUCAUUGUUACAUAUAGACAACAAACUCCAUUUAAAAAAAGAUCAUGGUCAGCACAAAACAAGUCUAUAAUUUCAUGUAACUCAUGGAUGGAUGUUAGUCAUGACUUCUGAGUAAAGGAUAGAAAUUCCAGAGUCUCAUUGUGUCUGCCUAGUGUUUAUGUCUGGGACCAUAUGGCCUGCCAGCAGGCUGGGGAACUGACCUUCCGAAGUGCACAGAUGGGUCCUCAGGAUGACGGGCCCAGGCUGGCAUCCAGAGGCAAAGCCAGCCCUGCUCCCUGGCCUUGGGCUUCGGGUCAGGUGGCUUCACCCCUUCAGGUCUUGUUAUUCUUCUAUGUGAUAAAAGACACUAGAUGAAGAUUCUUCCAUGUGGCUGCAAAUUCUUUCAUACUCCUCAUAUUAAGAGUUAGAGUUGAUGUCCCCUCCCCUUGAGUCUGGGUGGGCUGUGACUGCUUCAAUCAAUAGAUUAGAGCAGAGUUUCUCAACUCUUUUUCUAUUAUUGCCCCUGA